GUCAAAUUACGGUUUUGAUUAUGUUUUCCUAAUCUCUGAAUUUCAGUAGUUUUUGUAUGUGGUAUCGGUACGCACAAAAAGGUGUUAUUUUAUUUUUAUAUCUUGAUAGAUUAAUAUGCGAGAGAAAUGCUACAAUUUCUAGGUAUGAGAAAAAAUCUAUCAACAUUUAUGUAUUGAAAACCACUAUGUGUUUUAAAGGAAAAUUACCUGUAAAAGGCUUGUCAAAAGUAGUGUUCUUUGAAUGUGAAAAAUCCGAUGCUAUUAACUAAUGACUUAGUUUUCCAAUUCAACCUCUAUGUAGUUGUGGCUGGGGUUCUGCAAUGGAGUUAUGGUUCAUUUCUUCAGUUAAUAUUAUUAAUGAAGAAAAUAUCCAAUCCCAUUAGUCUGAAACUAGAAAACUAGAGCAAUUGAAUAUUUUGAUUUUGUUGGCUAUCAUAAUAUUGGUUUGAUUGAGGCUCAAAUAUGGUAUCUUUGGUUAUAGAAGAAAAAUGUUUUUUCGUCGACUUCAAAACCAGUAACUUAAGUAUUGGAAAGAACAGAGUUGUAUACUUUGCUUCCACAAAGUGGGGAUUUCUCCUUACCAAAUCAUGCACAUAAAAUGUGAUGGAGGGAGUAACUGUAUCUCUCUCAUGUCUUAGCCUAUGCUAGGUUUAUUACUGGGAUCCUUCUUGGGUAAUAAGGUUAGUCUUGUUAAUUUACUAUAAUUUUUAGGCUUCGUUAUAGUUCCUUCUAAAUUGUUUUUUAUUGGAAGCCUACGCGGAACUGCAGAAGACUUUACUUACCUGUCAUUCUCCACCUUUUUUGGUUCAAGGAAUACAUAAAGUGACUAUUUUAGAUGCUCGGGGAUCAAACCACAACUUGAGUCGGUACUAUGCUAUGUGGAAUGAACCCCGAGCAGAAUUGUCAACUAUUGACAGUGAAACAGGUUCCAAACUCCCAUAUAUAUGUGAAAAAAAGAGAAUUAUACCGUGAGCUGGCUUCAGCUGCCGAAAGUGGCUGGGGUUUUAGUUCAAGAUGGAUGAGGAACGGAUCUGAUCUCACAACAACUAGUACAACAUCGAUUGUGCCAGUUGAUUUGAAUGCAUUACUUCUGAAGAUGGAACUGGACAUAGCCUUUCUAGCAAAUCUUAUUGGAGAAAGUAGCACAAUUACAUGUUUUACAGAAGCUUCUCAAGACUCAAAAUACACAAAAGGCCAUGAACUGUAUCUUUUGGAACGUCGAGAUGGGGCAAUGGCUUGAUUACUGGCUUACCAACAGCAACACAUUCGAGGGGUGGCAGGUGGUGUAUCAAAAAGGUACCACGGGCUUGGAGUAUAGUGUUCCUUGUGUCGUCCGUCGCCAUGUUGAAUGAUGCUUCUACUUCACAAAAUUCGGAAGAAAGACAGCGAUGCGAAAACAUAUUACAAUGCUGACGCAACGGUGGGAAACAACCGAAGCUAACUUUGCUAAAAUGAAAGAGUUCAUGAGGAAGAGACUGAAUUUGAUGAGUAAUUUGUUGUGGUUGUUUGAGAGUUUAUGGAUGUUUAGACUUGAUUGCUGUGGUUGUUUAUUAGCUAGUUAGACUUGAUUUGAAUGAUUUUGGAUUUUUAGACUUGAUUUUGCAGUGGAUGCUUUAGUUUGGUUGUUUAAUGGGGUUUGAAUGUUUA